UCUAAUUAAAGUUAGGACUUUAUAGCGAGAUUCGAAAACCGUCUCCUUGUCUUCUUCUUGCUCCUUUAAGUAACUUUGAUAAAUUUCCAUAUCCGAGGAAUUUACGUGGAUUAUUCGAAAACUAUCGUUAUGCGAGAGACAAUCUGACGGUUCAAUAUAUAAAGUAAACACAUGCUGCAAUCCUUAUAUAAACGUAUAUAAACGGAAGUUUUCUAGGAGAAAUCUGUGUUUUCAUAUAGUUAACUGAUUGUGAGUAAACUAAAUGAACAAUGGAAUGUGAAGGCACAGAUGUUGAAUCACGUCUGUCAGUAACAUCAUGUGAAACUUUAAAUAAAAAUGAUGGAACGGAAGAAAACAAUGCAGAAAACAAAGCUGAUGAGACCAAUCCAGUGCAAUCAAAUUUAUUCAUAAUGACCGAAGACUCCUGCAAUUUGUUGAAUAAGGAAACUUGUUUGGAAUCUAGUAAAAUACCGGACGAAACUGACUUCCUCACCUCCUCACAGUCACAUGUAACGUGUGAUACCUUAUCACAGCAAAUAGUAAAUCUUGCAAUAAUGAAACAAACAAGAAACAAUGAAGCUGCAAAUGUCACAGAGCCAAGAAAUGUAAAUUCAGAAGAUGCUAGCUCAACAGAUUCUUCUUGCGUCUAUAAUUAUAACUGGUCAAGAGCACCAAAGAUAUUAUGUGUAGCGACUAAGGAAUAUCAGUCCACGGAUAUGCAUGAGAAUUUUACAAAAGGUUGUCAAUGGUCCCCAGAUGGAACGUGCUUACUUGUACCUUCGGAAGACUUCAAAAUACGCCUUUAUGAGCUUCCUAGAGAAUUGUACUCUGGCAAAAUUCCAUCUGAUUUUAUACAGACCGACUUCACACCUGCUUUGACCAUUAAAGAAGGUGGCCUCAUAUAUAACACUUGCUGGUAUCCUUAUAUGAAUUCAUGGGAACCUACAACAUGCUGUUUUCUUAGUACCAGUAGAGAGAGUCCUGUUCAUUUAUGGGAUGCAUUUACAGGAGAAUUACGUGCAACAUACCGAGCUUAUAAUCAAGUUGACGAAGUAGAAGCAUCUAUUAGUGUUCAAUUUGUGGAUUCAGGAAGGGAAAUAUGGUGUGGUUUCAAGAACACUGUAAGAACUUUCGAUACAGAUCGUCCCGGACGUCAAACAAGCAAUAUUCACUUUAAACAUGAUUUUCCAAAUAUGACCGGAUUGGUUUCAUGUAUCCGUGAAAAUCCAAUUAUGCCAGGCUUAGUUGCCUUCGGUACAUAUUCUAAAUGUAUUGGUUUGUAUAAAGAUGGACCAUUAUGCACUUUUAAAACUGAAAGUGGUAUAACACAAAUUGAAUUUAGUUCCUGUGGAAUGAAGUUGUUCUCCGUUGUUCGGAAAAAUAGUGAAUUUCUAUGUUGGGACCUCCGUAAUCCUGGAAAUGUUCUUUAUUCUCUUGAAGGAAGACAAUCGGACACUAAUCAAAGAAUACAGUUUGCUAUUACACCGGACAGUAAACAAAUAAUCUCUGGUGGUGUUGAUGGAAAUAUCAUUGUAUGGGAAUUACCAGAAAUUACAAAUUAUGAUAAAGAGAAUUUGAAUCCAAAAUGUAAAAUAAGACUAUCCAAAGACUGUAUAAAUGGAGUAAGCUUACAUACAAAUUUACCUAUAAUAGCAACCAGUUCCGGACAGAGACAAUAUGGCGAGUAUAUUAAGAGUAAACAUAGGGACAAUAGCGUGAGAUUAUGGUGGGCUUCUUGAGAUAAUUAUAGCUUUAAAUAAUUGUUUACUUAUACAUGGAUAAUUUUGCGUUGAAUAAAACAAAAAUAAAACCAAAUGUUUGAGGUGAUGUGUAGCUCGUGUGAUAAUAAUUGAUACGUUUAUACAGUUCGAUCUACAAAGUGAUAACAUCAAUAUUAUGAAA